AUGACAAAGAGAACUGUGUCACUGCAGCUAAUGUUGCUCAUUGUGCAUGGUGUCAUUAUGCCAGCUUCAGCACAAGUCUGCAGUCUGCUCGGUCAGCCUGCCUUACCUUCACUUUAUGCAGAAAGAGACAUUAACAUUGGGGCAAUUUUCUCAAUACAUAGAGAUGCUGUGUUAAAAAUGCAUAAUUAUACCUCAAAACCAGAUCCAACAGCAUGUGUCAGCUUAAAUUUACGUGAGUUUAAAUUUGCUCAGACAUUUAUUUUUGCCAUUGAGGAGAUUAAUAACAGCACAGAGUUGUUGCCUGGUAUUUCUUUGGGUUAUAAGAUAUAUGACUCAUGUCGCUCUAUCGCUCAAACAAUCCUCUCAGGCAUGGCUUUAAUGAAUGGUUAUGAAGCCACUUUGAGUGAUAUGUCCUGUUCUAGACCACCAGCUGUUUGUGCAAUUGUUGGAGAGUCAACAUCCUCACCCACCAUUGGCUUGGCAUCUUUAGUUGGUCCAUUCAGCUUACCUGUUAUCAGUCAUUUUGCCACAUGUGCAUGCCUGAGUGACAGAAAAAAGUAUCCAUCCUUCUUCAGAACAAUAUCCAGUGAUUAUUACCAAAGCAGAGCUUUGGCUCAGCUUGUCAAGCACUUUGGCUGGACGUGGGUUGGGACAGUCAGGAGUCGCAAUGACUAUGGUAAUAAUGGAAUUGCAGCAUUUGAGGAGGCUGCAAAAGAAGAGGGGGUUUGUAUUGAAUACUCCGAGGCAAUAUUAAGCAGUGAUCCACAAGAACAGUUUCUAAAGACACUGAAAGUGAUCAAAAAGGGCACUGCCAGGGUUUUGCUAGCUUUUAUGGCAUUAGGAGAUUUUCUCCCCCUCUUGAAGGUAAUUUCGCAACACAACAUCACAGGGAUACAGUGGGUUGGCAGUGAAUCCUGGAUCACUUCUCGAACUAUUGCAGAAACAAAGGAAUACAGUUUCCUUUCUGGAGCUGUGGGUUUUGCUAUAGCAAAUGCCAAACUUGUGGGCUUGCGAGAGUUCCUAGUAAAUGUGCACCCUAAUCAAGAACCAAACAAUGAACUUUUAAAAGAAUUUUGGGAAAUAGCUUUUCAGUGCUCAUUCAGGAACAUUGGCAGUGAUGGCUGUACUGGUUCAGAGAGACUUGCAGAGCUGCAAAAUGAAUAUACUGAUGUAUCAGAGCUACGAAUAGUAAAUAAGGUGUACACUGCAGUAUAUGCUGUUGCAUAUACACUUCAAAAUGUAUUAAAACACUUCAGAUCCUCCACCAACAGCAGCAAAAGAGGGUGGCCCACACCACAAACGGUGUUGAAGUAUAUGAGGGAUGUGAGAUUCACUGUUAAAACAGGUGAAGACAUUUUUUUUGAUGAAAGUGGUGAUCCAGUGUCGAGAUAUGACCUUGUUAACUGGCAGCCUGCUGAGGAUGGAAGUUUGCAGUUUGAGCUUGUGGGCCUUUAUGACAGCUCACUGCCUUCACAACAACGUCUUCAAAUUAAUCAGGAACACAUACUAUGGGUAGAUAAACAUGGACAGGUACAUUAAUAACAUUUUAAAUCAUUAAAUGGUCAGUGACUGAAGAACUGUCAGUUAGUUGAAUAUGACAAAAUAUGUAUGAAAGCAGCGGCAUUAUAGUGAUAAAAGUUACUACUGAAGUCAAGUUAUUUUGCCAAUUCAAACCAUAUAUUUGAAGUGUUAUAUUAUAACUUGUUUUCAUAUAGUUGCCAGUGUCCGUAUGCAGUGAGAUUUGCCCCCCUGGCACUAGGAAGGC